AUGCCGCAGAAGUUGUCAAUGUUCUGGGAAAGGGUACGUUCCCCUCCCACACCCGAGAAUCUACUUUGCGCUCGCUGUCGACAAUUUUUGAGGGCACGCUCUAAUUCCCGGACGAAAAUGGGACCAAUUGGAAGGACCGUGGAGACCCAUCAGCACUCUUGCGAUUUUUGCGCCAUACUCGUGUCCAUGUCAGAAGGCCUGAGGCUCGGUGAAGAGGACAUUUACCUUUCCUGCUACCGUGACCCCACUGGUAGGGUAUACGUCUCAUCCGACGGAUUGAGCGAGGAGAUUUUGCUAGCACCAAUCAGAGACUAUUCCCAACAGACAGACGACCCCUUACCCUAUUCGAGUCCUCAAUUCGCUACAAUGAGGCAAUGGAUUAGGUCCUGCCAUCGAAAUCCUCAUCACCAAAAGAGUUGUGGCCGCGUCAGCGAAUGGGGGCUGGAGAAACUGAGAGUCAUCGAUUGUCGGGAGAGACGUCUAUGCUCCAUCGGACACGGCGCCUCUUACGUAGCAUUAAGCUAUGUCUGGGGUGGAAAGAGCACAGAAAGCGCAAUAGAGGGAUCACCGACCGACACUCUGCCACAGACUAUAUUGGACGCCCUUCUGGUAGCUCAGCGGCUGCGCAUACCAUAUUUAUGGGUUGACAGAUAUUGCAUCAAUCAAGACGAUCCCGAAGAAUUGCACCAUCUCAUUAACAAUAUGGACGAGGUGUAUCAGGGUGCAGAAGUCACGAUCAUUGCGGCUGCGGGUUCUGAUCCCACAUACGGUCUCCCAGGCGUUUCUAGGCCAUUAUCACAACGCACAGCAAAACUCGGCCAGCAGAUGAUGGAGUGGACAUACCCCCUCAGGGGUGAAAUAGCACGUUCGGAUUGGUCAAAGCGAGGGUGGACAUUCCAAGAAAUGCUGUUCUCCUGUCGGCGACUCGUUUUCACGGAAUCCUUGACUUUCUUCCAGUGCUAUGGGGGUGUCUCUUUGACCUCUGUGCAAGAGAUCAAUCCAUACAAGCAGAACGAAGAACCCUACCGCUGGUUGCUCCCAUUUCCAUCCCGCGGGGUUGGGGGCGAAGCAUUGGACAUUUAUCAUCGAAUCGAAGAGUACUCUCAAAGAAAGCUCUCUUACGACUCAGACGCGCUGAAUGCUUUCACCGGUGUCUUCAACGCAUUCAAGGCCUUCGGACUGGUGCAUCAUUUCUGGGGCAUUCCAAACUUUCCCGAAGACCAGCUGGGAAAGAUACCCAUCGACGCUUCGUUUGCAUUCGGCUUGAUCUGGCGAAGUACUGCAAGCCGUGUCCAACGCCGCACGGGGAAUUGGCCAUCGUGGACCUGGGCGUCUUUGAAAAGCAAGGUUGAGUUUCCGUUAAGGGGUCACAGGUUUCAACAUUAUGAUGACAUGGUCAUCAGAGCGACUCAUCGCGCUCAAGGUGACUUAGACAUAUCUGAUUGUGCCACCUACCAGGACGAUUACAGCCACUUCUUGCCCCGGAUAUGUAUCACCAGUUACAUCACCAUUGCCCAGAUGGAAUCUCCCAAAGCCCGUCGGCAACGCCGCAGCCAUACGCGGAUAGUGCUCGAUUGCGACAACGAGAUCAGUGAAGGGGAGACCUUCAACGCUAUAUACUUGGGGAUCUUUGAUAACAUUUCCCAUGGAGACAUUGAGGUCGUCUCUCUUCUGGUCAAAGAAACCGAGCCGGGGCUUUUCAGACGUGUUGGACUGGCAGAGCAUCCUCUUCGAGGAAGAAAGCCUGAUCAUCUCGACCAGAUCAUCACGCAUUCCCCACCGAAUUGGCUUCCUACUAAUGCUUUUGCUGGACAAGGCAGCUGGAUGAAGCGGAGCUUGCGUCUUGGAUGA